AUGGCCUGUGGGACGUCGCGAGGUGGCGGGGAUCGUCGGUCUCUUGCGACGGGUGGGGGAUCUUUGUACGUAUUCUUUAACUUAAUACAGGCUUCGACCUUAAACAUUGUCAUAGGUUCUCAUGUAUGGGUGGAAGAUAAAGAUUUGUCCUGGGUUGAUGGUGAGGUAUUCCGAAUUGAUGGUCAAAAUGCCCAUGUCCGCACAACCAAGGGGAAGACGGUCAUUGCAAAUAUAUCGGAUAUACACCCUAAAGACACAGAAGCACCACCUGAUGGGGUGGAUGACAUGACAAGGUUAUCAUACUUGCAUGAGCCUGGUGUUUUAGAUAACCUGGCUGUCAGAUAUGCGAAAAGUAUCAUUUAUACCUACACUGGUAACAUUCUGAUUGCAAUAAAUCCAUUCCAAAGGCUACCUAAUCUGGUUGAUGCCCGUACUAUGGAAAAAUACAAAGGUGCAAAUCUUGGUGACCUAGAUCCUCACGUAUUUGCAAUAGCUGACGUCUCCUACAGGCAAAUGAUAAAUGAAGGAAAGUGUAACUCCAUUUUGGUCAGUGGUGAAAGUGGUGCUGGUAAGACUGAAACUACGAAAUUGUUGAUGAGAUAUCUUGCAUUUCUGGGUGGGCGAUCCGUAACAGGAGAGAGGACAGUUGAACAGCAAGUUUUAGAAUCUAAUCCAGUCCUUGAAGCCUUUGGGAAUGCGAAAACUGUUCGGAACAACAACUCAAGUCGAUUUGGUAAAUUUGUUGAAAUCCAGUUUGACAAGAGCGGUAAGAUAUCUGGUGCUGCCAUUAGAACUUACUUGCUUGAGAGAUCUCGGGUUUGCCAAAUUAAUAGUCCAGAGAGGAACUACCAUUGCUUUUACUUCCUAUGUGCAGCACCAUCGGAGGAUCUUAAGAAGUAUAAGCUCGGGGACCCAUCGUCGUUUCACUACCUCAACCAGUCAGCUUGUAUUAAAGUUGAUGGAAUCAAUGAUGCUGAGGAAUACCUUGCAACAAGAAAGGCAAUGGAUACUGUUGGCAUCACUGAUCAAGAACAGGAAGCUAUAUUCCGGGUUGUUGCUGUUGUGCUUCAUCUUGGAAACAUAAAUUUUGCAAAAGGGAGAGAGGUAGAUUCAUCCAUAAUAAAGGAUGACAAAUCUAGAUUCCAUCUUAAUACAGCAGGAGAGCUCUUGAUGUGUGAUUGUGAGAAGUUGGAGAAUGCCUUGAUAAAGAGGGAAAUUAAUACACCAGAAGGAGUGAUUACCACAACAGUUGGUCCGAAUUCUGCUACUAUUAGCCGGGAUGGUUUAGCAAAGCAGAUAUACUCUCGAUUAUUUGACUGGCUUGUAAACAGAAUAAAUGCAUCGAUAGGACAAGACCCAGACUCUAACAAACUGAUUGGGGUACUUGAUAUAUAUGGCUUUGAAAGUUUUAAAACCAACAGUUUUGAACAACUGUGCAUCAAUUUUACCAAUGAAAAACUCCAGCAACAUUUUAAUCAGAAUGUCUUCAAAAUGGAACAAGAGGAAUACACAAGGGAGCAAAUUAAUUGGAGUUACAUAGAGUUUGUUGACAAUCAAGAUGUACUUGACCUGAUUGAAAAGAAACCAGGUGGCAUUAUUGCACUUCUUGAUGAAGCCUGCAUGUUUCCAAAGUCCACACACGAGACAUUGUCUCAGAAGCUGUACGAAAAGUUCAAGAACCACAAAAGAUUUACCAAACCCAAGCUUUCUCGUACUGCAUUUACAAUUCAACAUUAUGCUGGAGAUGUAACAUAUCAAUCUGAUCAAUUCCUGGACAAGAACAAGGACUAUGUGGUAGCAGAGCAUCAAGAAUUACUUAAUGCUUCUAAAUGCUCUUUUGUAUCAGGGUUAUUUCCACCAGCAACAGAAGAGAACACAAAAUCAUCAAAAUCCUCAAUUGCAACUCGCUUUAAGCUGCAACUUCACGAGCUCAUGGAGACUUUGAGCUCUACAGAGCCACAUUACAUCAGAUGUAUAAAACCAAAUAGUGUUCUUAAGCCUGGCAUUUUUGAGAAUACCAAUGUUCUGCAGCAGCUUCGAUGCUCUGGUGUUCUUGAAGCAAUUAGAAUCAGCUGUGCUGGUUAUCCCACAAGGAAACAAUUUCAUGAUUUCUUGCAUCGCUUUCGUGUUCUUACUCCUGAAAUUUUGAAAGAGAAAAAUGAUGAAAAAGUCUCCUGUCAAAAGAUUUUGGACAAAAUUGGACUACAGGGUUAUCAGAUAGGAAGAACUAAGGUAUUCCUGAGGGCUGGUCAAAUGGCUGAACUGGAUGCCAGAAGAACAGAGAUGAGAAACAAUGCAGCAAGAGGCGUUCAGAGUCAAUUCCGUACUCAUGUUGCUCGUGAACAGUUCCUAGUACUACGGGACACAUCUAUUUGUUUGCAAUCUUUCGUUAGAGCAAGAUUGGCUUGUAAGCAACAUGAAUUCCUGAGACAACAAGCAGCAGCUUUGAGAAUUCAGAAAAAUGCCCGAUGGUAUUUUGCCUGGAAAACUUAUUACCAACUGCGGUUGUCAGCCAUUACAUUGCAGGCCGGGCUAAGGGCCAUGGCAGCUCGUAAUGAAUUCACCUUUAGAAAGAAAAAUAAAGCUUCAGUCCAUAUCCAGUCCCAGUGGCGAUGCCACAGAGAUUACUCAAAUUAUAUGAAGUUGAGGAGAGCUGCACUAACAUAUCAGUGUGCUUGGCGAAGAAGGGUUGCUAGGAAGGAGCUGAGGAAGCUCAGAAUGGCUGCAAGAGAUACACAGGCUCUGAAGGUGGCCAAAGAGAAACUUGAGGAACGUGUGGAAGAGCUAACAAGCCGCCUGGACCGAGAGAAGAAACUAAGGGCUGAUUUGGAGAAGUCCAAAGCGGAAGAAGUUUCCAAAUUGAAAGAAGCUCUUCAGGAGAUGGAGCAGCGAGUAGAAGAUGUCAAAGCGAUGCAGGAACAAGAAUCAGCAAAAAAGGCUGUUGAAGAAGCUCUAGCUCAAGAAAGAGAAAAGAUCAGUUUAUUGACUACAGAAAUCGAGGGCCUAAAGGCUCUGCUAGUAGCUGAACGAGAGGAGAAUGAUGUAACGAAGAAAGCGCAUGCUAAUGCAUUAGAAACAAAUGAAGAGUUAAAUAAGAGAGUCAGUGAUGCAGAUGAAAAGAUCAAACAAUUUACUGAUACUGUACAGAGACUAGAAGGGACUGUAAGAGAACACGAGGCCCUUUUGCUAACCGAAAGACAACAAAAUGAAGCAGCUAAUGCUGCACUUGCUGAAUCUCAAGCAAGAAAUGAAGCAUUGGUAAGCAAGCUAGAAGACGCUGUGAAACAAAAUGAUCUCCUCCAUGAAGCUGCUCAAAGAUUCGAAGAAGCUACGAAAAAUUUGGAAUCUUCACUGACAUUUGAGAAGCAACGACAUGAGGCAAAUUUGAUAGAAUUAGCUGAAGCACGAGAAAAGAUUGAAGAACUUCAAAGAGAAGUUGGGGACACUGAUGAAAAAUCCACCCUACUUCAGACUAGUAUACAAAGCCUUGAAGAAAGGUUAAGAGAGAAGGAUGCUCUAUUGACAACAGAGAGACUAGAAAGUGAAGCAACUAAGAAAUCUCUCAAUGAAUCUGAGGAUAGAAACCAGGACUUACUAAUGAAAAUUGAAGUUGCUGAGAAAGACAUUGCUCACUUCCAAGAAACUGUCCAAAGACAUGAAGAAAAUAUGGCAGCACUGGAAACUUCGUUGAGAUCUGAAAGGCAGCAAAAUGAUGCAAUCAUGAAGCAGCUAGCUGAAUCUCAGGGGGAAAUAGGAGAGCUGCAAAGGAAGCUUGAAGAUGCUUAUGCCAGAAAUGGGCUUCUUCAAGAUUCUUUACAGAGGUUAGAAGAGGGUGCAACAACAACGGAUGCUCUUUACUUAGCAGAAAGAAAAGAGCAUGAUCAAACGAAGAAAUCACUAUCUGAAGCUCAAGAAACAAACAAGGAGUUACUAAAAAAAAUUGAGGAAGCUGAGAAAAACAUAGAUCAGCUUCUGGAGAAUGUGGAAAGACUUGAAAAGGAUGCAACUACAAGAGAGUCUUUACUGCUUACAACAAAGCAAAGCUAUGAUGACACCACAAAAUUGCUGCUUGAAUCUCAAGAGAAAAACCGAGAGUUAGUGCACAAAGUAGAGGACUCAGAUAGCAAAAUUGUUCUGCUUGAAGAUUCAGUAAAAAGACUCGAAGAAAUUACUGCAGAUAAAGAUUCUUUAUUGGCUAUAGAAAGACAUGAAAACAGUGAAACCAAGAAAGAAUUAGCAGAUUCUCAGAAAAAGAUUGCGGAAUUGCUAACUGAAGUGCAAGAUACCCGUGCAAAUAUUGCAGAACUUGAGGACUCGGUUAGGAGACUCGAAGGAAAUUUGGCAGUAACUGAAGCUUUAUUGCUAACUGAAAAGGAACAGAAUGCUUCCACCUUAAAAUUACUUGCAGAAGCACAAUUGAGAAUCGAAGAAUUAAUAAAAAAACUUGAAGGUUCAGAUAGAAAAUCUGAUAGCCUUCAGGAUACAAUAACAAGACUUGAACAAGAUGUCACUGCCAAAGAGGCCCUAUUGCUUACAGAAAAGCAGGCACAUGAGGCAACAAGGAAGACUCUCACUGAAACUCAGGAAAAGAGUGAAGAACUUCUGAAGAAAAUUCAUGAUAAUGAUAAACAUAUUCUUCAGCUUCAGUUUGCUAUACAGAGGCUUGAGGAAACUACAGUUGCAAAUGAGAAUUUGCUGUUGAGGGAGAGGGAGCAGAAUGACAUAACAACAAAAGCACACAAUGAAAGUCAAGAAAAAUAUGAAGAAUUACUAACCAAAUUUAGUGAUGUUGACAGGAAAAUCGACCUUCUUCAAGGUACCAUAGAAAGGCUUGGAGAAAAUACAACAACAAAGGAUUCUCUGUUGCUAUCAGAGAGACAUGAAAAGGAGGCUAUUAAGAAAGCACUUACUGAGGCUGAAGAGAAAAAUGAAGAGUUACUGAUGAAAGUUGAAGAUGCUAAUGAAAAAAUAGGACACCUUCAAACUACGAUAAAUACGCUUGAAGAUAAUGUAGCUGCAAAAAAUGUUUCUUUAGAAGCUGCGAUGAAGGAAAAUGACGAAAUCAGGAAAUCUCUUAGUGAAGCUCAAGAGAGAAAUGAUGAAUUACUCAAGAAAAUUAGUGAUAGUGAAUACAGGAUCCAUUUACUUCAAGACACGGUACAAAAGCUUCAAGUAGAUGCAAUAUCAAGAUUGUCUUCUUUUGUAAUGGAAAAACAAGAAAGUGAUGCUGCAAAGAGAGCUGUUACUGAAGCUCAUGAAAGAAAUGAAGAUUUACUGAAGAGAAAUGAGGACCUCCUCAAGAGGAAUGAUGAUUUGAUUAAGAAAAUUGAAGACUCUAGUAAAAUUGUCACUCAACUUCAGGAAGCUCUACAAAGACUUGAAGGAAAAGCAUCCAACUUAGAGGCUGAGAACCAAGUUCUUCGUCAACAAGCAACUUCAACUCCACCGUCUACUGCUAAAUCUCCAGCUUCACGCUCAAAGAUCUCAAGGAUCCAUAGAAGUCCAGAGAAUGGCCAUAUUUUCAAUGGUGACAUUAGGCAAACUGAAAUGAAACCCUCAACUGGCACAUCAGAAGCAAUAACCUCAGCAGCCAAUGUUCCUGACUUGGGCGACCAAAAAGAUUUUGAACAUGGAGAAAAACUGCAAAGAAUACCAAAACAGAAAUAUCAGCCUUCCCAUCACCAGCAGCCCCAGGACGAUCAGCAGUGGUUACUCACUUGUAUUUCACAAUAUCUUGGAUUUUCUGGGAGCAAACCUGUUGCAGCUCUCCUUAUAUACCAACGCCUUCUCCAUUGGAAAUCAUUUGAAGCCAUGAAGACGGGUGUCUUCGACAGCAUUUUGCAUGCUAUAAACUCAGCCACAGAGUCUCAAAAUGACAUGAGGACAUUGGCGUAUUGGUUGUCCAACUUAUCUACAUUAACAGUUCUCCUUCAACGGUCAUUCAAAACUACUAGGACGGCAAUCUCAACUCCGCAAAGGAGAAGAUUUUCGUCGGAGAGGAUCUUUCAUGGAAAUCAAACUUCAAAUGCUGGGCUUGCUUAUCUCAGUGGUCAAUCAGUUGUUGGAUCUGCUGGAUUGCCCCAAGUUGAAGCAAAAUAUCCUGCUUUGCUAUUCAAACAGCAGCUUGUGGAUCUAAUUGAAAAGGUUUAUGGCAUGAUAAGUGACAGCGUGAAGAAGGAGCUAAACCCUUUGCUUGAAUUGUGUAUACAGGAUCCACGAACUUCUCACUCAAGUAUCGCAAAAGGCAAUCUUAAUGGCAUGGGUCAACAGAACCAACUCACACAUUGGCUGGGCAUAGUGAAAAUCCUCACUAGCUACUUGGAUGUACUGAGGGCAAACCACGUUCCAUCAAUUCUGGUGCAUAAACUUUUCACUCAAAUAUUCUCACUGAUUGAUGUUCAACUGUUUAACCGAUUACUUUUGCGGCGUGAGUGCUGUUCUUUUAGUAACGGGGAAUAUGUCAGAGCUGGACUAGCUGAACUAAAACAUUGGUCUGACAAUGCUACAAGAGAGUUUGCAGGUUCAGCGUGGGAGGCAUUGAGGCAUAUUAGACAAGCUGUUGAUUUCCUGGUGAUUUCUCUUAAGCCAAUGAGGACAUUAAGAGAGAUACGCACUGAUGUGUGCCCUGCCCUCAGCAUACAACAGCUAGAGCGAAUAGUUAGUAUGUACUGGGAUGAUGUGAAUGGUACAAACACUAUUUCAGCAGAGUUUACAUCAAGCUUGAAAUCUGUGGUACGUGAGGAAUCAAAUAUGGCCACAAGUUUUUCGAUACUGCUAGAUGAUGAUUCCAGUAUACCUUUUUCACUUGAUGAUAUUACAAAGACAUUACCAGUCAUCGAGGUGGCUGAUGAUGACUUUCUGCCUUUUGUCCAUGAAAACCCAAGCUUUGCGUUUUUAUUGCAAAGAGGGGAGUAG